CCUCUCCCUCCCUCCCUUCAUCUGUUUGCCUCUGUCUUAGACUAAGGAGUGAGAGAAGGGGGAGUCCCACUGGCAUUCCUUAACAUCUUCGUCGCGCGCCCGUGUUCAGACAGCCAUCUGUAGAUCAGGAAGACAAGAAGACGCUGCUGAGCCUCGGCGUCACUCAACAGGAUUAUCGAAGGUCAGGUGUCACCGGUGAAAUGGACUUGAUGUCAGCGUGGAUCAUGUCUCCUUCAGCACUACCCUUUCUCUGUCUCAUCUGGGGCGCGCGGACCCAGCAGGCGUUCAGGUCUCAGCCCAGGAACCUCACGGUGCGGAUGGGAGCCACAGCUGUGCUGAAGUGUGAGGUGCUGCGGGCCUCGGGGACUGUGCAGUGGGUGAAAGAUGGCCUCCUCCUGGGACCCCAGAGCAGUCUGCCGGGCUACCCACGCUACAGCAUGAUUGGAAACCCCAGCAGAGGACAGUACAACCUUCAGAUCCAGAAGGCCCAACUGGACGACGACGCCGCCUAUGAAUGUCAAGCGGGCCAGUCUGCGAGCAGCGAGGCAAUCAUUUCCAAUACGGCCUGGGUCAACGUGUUAAUCCCUCCGUCCAAGCCCUACUUCGAGCUGGACCCGGCCGCGCCCUGGGUGGCGGGCAGGCGGUACCGCGUGGUGUGCGUGGCGCCCGACGCCAAGCCGGAGGCCGAAGUCACACUCUAUAAAGAUGGAGUCGAGCUGACAGGUGCGGAGUCUUUCACCAUGUCUGGCUCAAAGGAUAAGCUCCUGAACACGCGUGCCGAAGCAACCGUCACCGCCCUGAGCUCCGACCACGGCAGACAGCUGGCGUGUCACGCCAGGAACUCCGUCCUCUUCCGGCCCGUGGAGACCACCGUGACCAUGGACGUGUACUUCCGACCUCUGCCUCCAGUCAUUGUGGGUCUGGAGAGAGAGGAGGUGAAGGCGGGGAGGCUGCUCGUGCUGAAGUGUGUGUCGCACAGUGGAAACCCCCUGGCCACUCUCCACUGGACCAAGAACGGAGAGGUCCUGUCCACGACCUGGGAGGAGGAUGCCGCGCUGCAGCGGUCCAGCAGCAUCCUCAACCUGAAGAUCGGCCCCGCCGACAACCAGGCGGUGCUGCGCUGCGAAAGCCUCAACCUCGUGUCGCCGUCGCCCCAGUCUGUCAGCCGCACAAUCACCGUGCUCUUCGAGCCCGCGGAGGUGGUUCUGUCGGGCUCGUUCACCGCCACCGAAGGGGAGGAGAUGAACGCGGGCUGCUUCGCCUCGUCCAGCAAUCCUCCCGUCCAGAUCCGCUGGUGGCUCGGCCACAAGGAGCUCAACACCUCCGUCGUCAGCGUGGAGAAGGGAGACAAUGGAGGGAUGACAACCAUGUCCAACAUGACCCACCGCGCCUCCCGGGAGGAGGACGGGCUGGAGCUCACCUGCGAGGCUUUCAACAAGGGGACGCAUUUCUCCAAGACGCAGACGGCCAAACUCACUGUUUAUUACCCUCCUCAGAAGGUCUGGCUGGACGCUCCUCCUCAGGACGUCCCCCUUCGCGCCGGGACCAAAGUCCGGCUCAUCUGCUUUGCCACCGGCGGGAAUCCUCGCGGGACCCUGGCGUGGUUCAAGAACGGGAAGCCGGUGGCUGAGGCGCUGCGGCAGACGUCCUUCGACCGCGGCGUGGCCCGAGAGCUGGUCGUGGCCCUGAGCGCCAGCGACAACCUGGCCACGUAUCGCUGCACCGCCACCAACGAGGCCGAGAAGACCAUCUCCGCCUCCACCAAGCUCAGGGUGCAGUUUACAGCCAUAAGUAUGAAGAUCACAACCACCCAGAAGAACCUUCAUCGGGGCCAGGCUGUAAAUCUGGACUGCCAGGCUGGAAGUAGCAACCCCAAAUCCAACAUCUCCUGGAGCCUGGGCCUCCUGAGGCUCCAGGGCGUGGACCAGCCCCCCCGGAGGGCCCCGUACGGCGGCGUGUCCGUGGGCAGCUCCCUGUCCCUCAACCUGAGCUCGCAGCACCACAGCCAGCGGGUGGUCUGCCAGGCCUACAACCCCGCGCUGGCCGAGGGCGUCAACACCUUCUUCAAGCUCGACGUGCGCUACCCACCGGAGUUCAGCCCCGAGCAGCCGACGCAGGUCCAGGUGGUGGAGGACGCCGGGGCGAGCAUCCCGCUGCUGGUCUCGGCGAACCCGGAGGAGGUGUCCUGCAGUUGGCGGCACCGGCGGGAGAGGCUGGUCAAAGAGGGAGGUCUGCAGUACGACUCGUCGGACUCGCUGCACAUCGAGAACGUGACGAGGAAAGAUGCCGGCGUUUAUACCGUCACAUGCACCAACGACGAGGGUGAAAAUCAAACCUCCAUCAGGCUGGACGUUCAGUAUGCUGCCAGUGUCAAAGCGGAGAAGGACCCCGUGUCUGUGAAGCUGGGGGGAACAGCAGACCUUAUAUGCGUGGCAGAUGCCAACCCCAUUAUAUCUGGCAUGUUCUCCUGGAAAUGGCUGGGAGAAGAGGAGGUGGAGUUGGGAGAGCAGACCCAGGAAGAUGAAUCAGGCGUGCUGACGAUCCAUAAUGUGACUCGGGCUCACGCUGGUCUUUACCAGUGCAUAGCCAAUAAUGGCAUAGCACCCCCUGCCAGCGCCGACGUGCAGCUGGUGGUUCAGUUCAAACCAGAGCUUCAGAAGGGAGCCCAGUGGAGGAAGGUGGCCAGCAGAGGCGACGGCGCCAGCACGGCGGAGGUGGCGUGCCAGGCAGAGGGCGUUCCUCGCGUCCACUUCUCCUGGGAGAAGAACGGCGUGCUCAUGGACUUUGCAAACCCCAGGUAUGAGGAGCGCACGGCGAGGGAGGGCGCCAUCCACACCAGCACAGUUCGAGUGGUGAACGUGAGCGCGGCGCUGGACUACGCCGUCUUCAGCUGCACGGCUCGCAACUCCCUCGGGGAAGACAGGCUGGACAUUCAGCUCGUCAGCACAAAUCACCCAGAUCCUCCUUCAUCGUUCCGCCAAGUCACUGUCACUCAUGACUCCGUCACUCUGGAGUGGAUUCCAGGCUUCAACGGUGGUCUGCACCAAAGGUUUCGCAUACGAUACCGCUGGGCUCAGUCUGCUAGUUUCCUGUACGUGGACGUCUUCCCUCCCGACGCCGUGACCUUCACCGUCACCGGGCUGCAGCCUGUCACCAGCUACAACUUCUCUGUCAACGCGCUGAACGCAAUGGGGGAGAGUGACUAUGCUGACAACAAUGCAAUGCUAACCAUCACCACCAAGGACUGGCCGGAAGACGGAGAGGCUGCUCCUGAUGAUGAUUCAGCCUCACAGAGUGCCGGUGGGUUUCGUUUGACUCUGGUGUUUGUGGUGGUGUUUGGAGUCCUGCUGGUGCUGAACUCACUGGGCUGCUUCUUCGGACGGAGGUGGAAAAAGAGGCAAGGUCGGACAGGGGUCGGAGAAGCCGGUGCACUGGAUGGAAAGAAGGAUGAAGAAAACAGGUCCAGCCAGUCAACUGUAAGCAACUCGAACAAGUACGAGAGCAGAGAGAAGAUCAACACCGGAGCUCAACGCACCCUCCUCAUCGACUCCGAAUCAGAGGCCGACAGCAACAUCUACGAGAGCUACGGCGCGGAAAGUUCCCACUAUUAUUACCCCACCGCUGACUACAGGCCGCCUCUGAGCACACACCCGGAGGAAGCGCACGGCACCUACCUUCCUGUGGACUUCCACAGUCACUUCUAUGAAGACGUAAGAGAGGCCGGCCCGUACCAGGACAUCCUGCCUUCCUCUCUUCCUGUGCCCCCGUCCCCGUUUGACCACAGGCUACCUCAUCAAAGGAACAACUGGAGGCCACCAACCUUCCCUCAGGGAACCGCGAGAGCGAGCGGGUUCGUGGAUGCUCAGCAACGGCGGAGAGAUGCUGAUCUUCCCUUUGAACUACGAGGCGAGUUAGUCUAGAACAACAAAUCCGCUGUGACAGGGCGUGUGAGUCAACGGUAGUCACCGAGUACAGACGCUCAAUCUGAUCGUAUUUAUUUGAUUCUUUUUGAGCGUUAUCUUAUGAGUCACCUUGAAGAAACCUGUCAGACGAAAUGAAUGGACAGAAAACGCUACACAAACAGUGUUUGAGUGGAAUCGGAUUGUAUGUACCAACAUGUGAACAAACACACUGUUUAUUCUGAUAUUUUCAUGCCGCCCACGUAUUUAUUUUUUUCUCCACUCCCUGGACUUUGUUUUGCUCCUCUACCUGUACACCCUCUGCUGGAUCCGUGGUCAUUGCCCACAGUCGUCCCCCUGCUUUGCCCUCCCAGUGGACAGGAAUCACUCAGGUAGAAACAAAGAGGGACUGACGCGUCUGUGGCGGGCGCAGGGGAGGAAGCAGCUCGGGCUCACGCUUCAGCCCAGGCAGACAUCAUCCUGUUUCACCCCGGCCACGUGGGAAGCGGAGGACGGCGGCCCUCUCCCACUACGGGCUGAUAACAACAGCCUCAGACCUCACGGUUAGUCCCUGGGAAUCCCCACAAUAGGAUAGCACUGAGCGGAAUUCAGCACGGCUGUGUCUCCAGGAGGUAAAGCCACAUCCAGGGCCAGGCGCUAAUCCAGUUUGCUUCUGGAUUGAAGUUCAGCUCCCGGAAUCGGCGCGCGAGAGGGAAACCGUGCGGAGAAUUUGUCUCAGCGAGGACGGACAGUCAAAGGGAUGGAGACGGAAGAAGAGGGUUAGGCUAAGCUGCAGCUUGGGCUGCUGCUACAAAAGAACCCACUUUCUUCUUCCUCUGGGUUUCAUCAUUCUUCAGUGGAAGCUUUUGCUCCAAAGUAAUACCAAUAAAUACUUUUCAUAUAGUGUUUUUCAAAGCCAGUAUUUACACAAUAAUGCAGAUUAAGGUCGCUACAAUUCGUAGCAUGAGAUGAAAUUAAUUUCAGCAUUAUAAGCGCUGUAGUUGUUGAACUAAAUAAUAAUAUGUGCCUUAAUUUGCAGAUAUAUUUGCAAAUAUCUUAAUUUACUGUAAGCUAAUAGAAUUUGCUAAUUGGCUCCAAACAGAAAGCACCUCAGAUGCUGCUCUAAAGUACAGGACACGCAUUAGGCUGAUGUUGGUGCUGAAUAAAGAUAGAACAGAGCAGCGAAGUAGGACUUAAAAAGGAAAGACAUGUUAGCGACUCAAUCGGCCGUACCUGUGCAGACAGGUUGUAUCUGUGGAUGAUUUCCAUUCAGAUCUGCAGCCUCCACAUACACAACACACAGCUGCCGUACGCGGUGGCGCCGUGUGAACGUAUGCAUCGUCCUAUAUAUUACACACUGUGCAGAGAUCAGAGACUUCCUCAAAGUUUCCUUCCGUCUUUUCGCUUCCUGCUGCUGCGUUGGAGCACGGACUCUUAUUACUAGACUUACACAUGCAGCUGCAGGGCUCAUUUUCCUUUACCUCAAACACUCUUGCGCUUUAAUAUAUAAUUGAUAUAUAGAAAACCUUUUGCCCAGUAAUCUGUAUUUAUUCUGUCUUAAAUGAAACGCUUGCUUUCUUUUAUUAGGCUAAUGAUGAUGAUGAGUUUUCUUGUCUUGCUAUUACUGUAAACUUCCAUUUUGAAAUAAAUAUUCAUGCGCAGCG